UCAGUUCCCAACACUCCAAUCCCUCUCUCUCACUCUCUCAAAAGAAGAAGAAAAAGCUCAUUGCUGAAGAGAAAAUUGAUUGCAUGGAGAAUCAUCAUUCAAGAUAUUACUUGACUUUCUUAUUGCCUGUUCUAGCACUAGUAGUAGUAGUGUUGAAUGUCUCUAAUGCACAGCCUCUAGUUCCAGCAUUGUUCAUAUUUGGUGACUCAGUGGUUGAUGUUGGAAACAACAACCAACUACACACCAUUGUCAAAGCAAACUUCCCACCUUAUGGAAGAGACUUCAAGAAUCACAGGUCAACUGGCAGGUUUUGCAAUGGAAAACUUGCCUCAGAUUUCACUGCUGAAAACCUUGGAUUUACAUCUUAUCCACCCCCUUACCUCAACUUAAGGGUCAAAGGAAAUAACCUCUUGAAUGGUGCUAACUUUGCCUCAGCUGCUUCUGGCUACUAUGACUUCACAGCCAAAUUAUGGGAUGCAAUUCCAUUGAGCCAGCAAUUGGAACACUACAAAGAAUGUCAGAAUAUAUUGGUGGAAGUAGCAGGACAAUCAAAUGCUUCAUCAAUCAUAUCUGGUGCUAUACAUCUUGUUAGUGCUGGCAACAGUGACUUCAUUCAGAAUUAUUACAUAAACCCUCUGCUUAACAAGGUUUACACUGCUGAUCAGUUCUCUGACAUUCUCAUGCAACACUAUGCCAAUUUCAUUCAGAAUUUAUAUGCACUUGGAGCAAGGAGGAUAGGUGUGACAACACUGCCUCCAAUGGGUUGCGUGCCGGCCGCCAUCACUUUAUUUGGCUCCGAUAGCAAUGUAUGUGUGGCCAGGCUAAACACCGAUGCUCUUAACUUCAACACGAAGCUAAAUUCCACAUCCGAGAGCUUGCUGAGAAACCUUCCUGGCCUCAAAUUGGUCAUCCUUGAUAUCUACCAACCUCUCUAUGAACUUGUUACUAAACCUUCCGAAAAUGGUUUUUUUGAAGCAAGGAAGGCUUGUUGUGGAACAGGGUUGGUAGAGACAGCUAUAUUGUGCAACAAGAACUCCAUAGGAACAUGUGCCAAUGCAUCCGAGUAUGUAUUCUGGGAUGGUUUUCAUCCAUCGGAGUCUGCAAACAAGGUUUUAGCUGAUGAUUUGAUUGCUGCUGGGAUCUCUCUCAUAUCCUAAAAGAGAACUUUCGACUUUCGUUUAAAACUCCAGUUAAGAGUGGUUGCUGUUGUUGUCCGUAUUCGGCUCAUGUAAAACGUGGUUUAAUAUGUUCAAGGUUAGUUGAACUUACGUUUUCAUCUAAUAAGACCAAUCAAGUAUUAUAUUCGUUUAA